UAACAUUAUCAAAACCCAACAAGAAGAUAUGCCCACAGUUGGACCAUUUUAACACGUGUUUCUUCGUUAGAUAGAAUUCAUUUUUCAUCCAUUUUUAUAAGUAGGUGAUGACGAGACUUGAACUUAAAAUAUUUUUUGAAUCACUCUGAACUCUUUUUGACAAGGUGGUUGGACAUUGACCUUCUUAUAAGUACUAGUCUUCUCAAGCUGCCGAACUUAGGAGGUCCCGUUACAAGACAGAUGGGCAGGAAGGGAACUAAAAUGCCGAGUUUCUGCUUAAACAGAAUAAGGUCACUUGCUCGGGUUCGCUCACUGACACCUCCUAUACACUCCAAAAGCCAUGCAGAUUUUACCAGUGCCAAUACUGAUCAUGAAAAAAAGAAAGAAAAUUCAGGUGAUGGUAUGAAGGCUGGUGUAAUGAUUGGCCGCAAAAUCAUGAUCGUGGUGGAUUCAAGCAAUGAAUCCAAGAAUGCCCUGCAGUGGGCACUUACUCAUACAGUUCAGAGUCAAGAUAUGGUGAUUCUUCUCCAUGUAACAAAACCUUCAAAACGAGGUGGAAAAGGAACAAAUUCAAGAGUUUCUGAGUUUCUUUCAUCUAUGAAAAAUUUGUGCCAACUGAAGAGACCAGAGGUGCACAUUGAGGUUGCAGUGGCAGAAGACAAAGACAAAGACAAAGGUCCUGCCAUUGUAGAAGAGGCUAAAAAGCAAAGGGUGUCAUUACUAGUUCUUGGGCAAAAGAAGAGGUCCAUUACAUGGAGACUUAUGAUGGUGUGGGCAGGAAAUAAGAUUGCAGUUGCAGGUGGUGGGGUGGUUGAGUACUGUAUACAAAAUGCUGGUUGCAUGGCCAUUGCAGUAAGGAGGAACAGUAAGAAAGUUGGUGGAUAUUUGAUUACAACUAAACGUCAGAAAGAAUUCUGGCUUUUGGCUUAAGAUCAUAGAAUUCUGGCUUUUGGCUUAAGAUCAUCUAUUAAAUUUAUAUACAGAAUUCAGUGACACCUUCGAGUUUUUAAAGCAAGUUGUGCCUGAAGUUAUUGUGUUCAGGCCACAUCUACCGUUGUGUCUUUUCUUGGUUGGAGAAUAGUGGAUUCAACACAUUUGCCUUUCUUGUAAACGAUAACAUUAAUUUUAGGGAUUCAAGAAAGAGGGAAAAAUGAGAGAAUUAUGAGAUCAAUGUUGCAAAUGCCAUUUUUAGUCCUUUAGUGGCAAAUAAGGUACCGAAUUAAGUUUUAUUUUGUUUGGAUUGGUGCAUGACAGUGUUAGGACAUGAUUUUUAUUUUGACAUUUUUCAUUAAAUAAGUAUUUGGUAUUUAUUUAUGUUUGUUUUUAAUAAACUAUCGCAUGUAUGAUUAUGUGCAUCUGAUCACUUUUUGAUAAUAUGAAUUAUAAGUUUGCAUUGAGAAAUAAAUAUAUAUAGGGCCUGUUUGGGCCUGAUUUUUUCAUCUAAAAAA